AUGGCUUCAAGCACAGCAUCAUCUAGUUCGUCUGGGUCAAGCCCACCGCCGGGGUUGGUGCGGGAAGAUGAAGACAUCAGACCAGUCGAAGGACUAGAGACCCAUGGGGCAACUCAGCCUGGAAGUUAUCGCCCUGGAAGUUAUCGCGGGUAUGACAGAGCCCAAGAUGGAGCAAAUUCAAGACAAAGAGAAUUUCCUCUUCGCCCCGGAGUAGAUCGCAAACGACGGUUGACUAGUACUGGCGAGGAUGCGAGGACGCAGCAGUGGGGACGUUCUGAGGGUACCGCUGGACCGGCCCGAGAGAAUGGCGGAGCUGUCAGAAGUGUUCUGCCACAUAGAUCUGUUUCUAUGGUGUUGCCCUCCUCUCGAACACGAACUUCUAUUUCGGCGACACCUGGCUCCUCAAUUGCAACCGCCAUUGAUUUAGAUUCCCCUGUUCCUACAACUACUCGCACUUUCCCUGGUGAACAAUUGUUGCGUCGUCCUCGACGCGAGAAUCCAACGCCCUAUACCAGUCCACCCCGCACCGUUCCAUCUCAACACACCAACCGUCACUCACCGGUUAUGGAAAUGUCUCUUCCCAAAUGGCAGGCCGACUCAGAUGUCUCCGAAUGUCCGAUCUGUGGGACAAUGUUUAGCUUCUGGUACCGCAAACAUCAUUGUCGCAAAUGUGGUAGAGUCGUGUGUGCUGCCUGCUCCCCCCAUCGCAUCACGAUCCCCAGACAGUUCAUUGUCCGGCCGCCUGACACUGCUGACAACCCUACUGGCUCAUCCCCAACUCCAUCCCGCUCCCCACAGGUGGUCGACCUCACAGGCGACGAUCCUGUUCCACUAUCAACUAUGAACCCUGCUCUCGGCGGAGGCGAAGAAGUACGACUUUGUAAUCCUUGUGUGCCUGACCCCAACCCGAAUCCUGUCGAUUACACCACCGUUCGGGCACAUGGCCACCGAUCUACACAUUCACUUUCAUCUACGAUGGUCAAUCCUUACGUUUUGCCGGUUAGUUCUACUACAAUUUCUGCAUCCUGGCUAUUGACUAAUACCAACCUGCAGGGUGAGACUCAGAACCCUGAGGCGCGCCAGGAACGACGCACUGUGGGCGCAAAUGAUCGACCACAAUUUCUGCAUCAUCUGAGCUCGCAACCAAGCGGCACCCGCCAACGUCGUGCACUGUCCAGCCGGGAUGGCCGCCAACCCCUCGAAGAGGGCGACUUCUGCCCUGUCUGCCGGCGCAGAUUUCCCCCCCUCAGCACCGAGCAGCCCAUCGAGGCCCGCCAAGCCCACACCCGGGACUGCAUUGAGAACUAUCUGAGACCGACCCCACCCCACCCAUCGUCCGUGCAACAGAGUCCUCCGUUGCCCCCUCCUCCGCCCUCAGCUCGCAUGCUGCCCUUCGUGGCUACGGAGAAGGACUGCCUCGGCGAGGACGGGCAGGCAGCGGAGUGCACGAUCUGCAUGGAGGAUUACGAGGUUGGGCAGACCCUGGCCCGCCUCGAGUGCCUGUGUAAGUUCCACAAGCACUGCAUUGUGGUCUGGUUUGAGAGGAAGAGCGAGUGCCCGGUGCACAAGCUUUCCUAA